UCAUCGAUGACCAAAGAAGUUGAGCCAACUUUCUUGAGAACAUAGUUUUCUUAACACGCAUUUUUGUCUGAAAAACAAAAUAUUGGAUGUGGAAAAAUAAAAAGGGUUCCGUUCUUGUUAGGAAAACAAGUCUCCACGGGGCUGCCCAUCAGAGUAUCUCUUAAUGCAGGAACUGCUGCUCUCUUUCUCGCGAUCUUCGAGCGUGUGCUAAUUUCUUCUUUCAAGUUACGAUCAGCUUCGUAUUGAUCAGUUCUCCUUGCAGACCUGACUCUGGUUGCAUCCGUUCAAGGUGGGAGUUUGGCAGUUGGCUAUCCAUUCUGGUUUCGGUGGACUGACCAGGAGAUGGCGGAUUCUUGCUUUUGAAUUGUGGAUUUCCCCUGAACGUUGAUCCUGUUAGCUGAAUUUUUAAGCGGCGGCAUUAUUGGCGCACGAGCGUUUGUGUCUUGUGAUUACCCUUAGUGCUUGGAAAACCAAAUGGAUACCUGACCGGCCGAUGCUGCGUAACUGUUUGUUCAUUUGCUCGAAUGAGUAGAUGUCACUGCCUGGAGUUUGUGUGACUUGCGAGGCUUCAAUAGUCUUUGUUCGGGGUGAAGGUUUUGUUUUGCUUGGGAUUAAAAGUAAUUCUGCACAAAUUUUAAUUAUUAAACUGCAUAGAGAAAGUUCAUCUAUGGAAGAGUAAUUGCAGGCUAGCAAGUUGUCCGGUCAUGGAGCUUUCCAGAAUGAGUUAAAAUCUGGACUUUCAAACGUGAAGCUGCAUCGUGCUUCUUUUUGUCUUGAUGCACAAGUGCAGUAAGGGAAAGAAAGCAGAAAUACAGAGGAAGCAAAUGGACUAUGUGGAGGAUGAAAGUGGGCCAAGAUUCUUACCCCUGUCCUCUGCAAAGAUCUGCCCUUCAAAUUUUGCCACUCGAAGAGUUGGAAAAAUGCACCUUAUCCUCUGCUCUACUUCUUCCCUCCUCCUCCUUGCUCUUUCCUUUCUUCCUAGUCUUCCUGGUGAUUCUGCUGCUCGUUUCCUUCUUCUUUGGAUGGCCUUAUCCCUCUUUGUUGGUCCUUUUGCCCCACUCUCCCUCACUGGAGGUGAUGUAGCAGUUGGCCAGGGCGAGACUUUGCCAGAGGAGGUUGAUAAUGAUGCUAUGCAGCCAGAGGAGGUUGUUAAUCCGAGGAAGAGAUCUGUACGCCAAAGGAAACCUAGUAUUGACCCUCCCUUUGCACCCUCAUUGUCUUUGUCUACAUCAAUCGAGCCAGAUUCGUCAAAAAUUGAUGAAAAGCAGCAGUCAGAAGAUAAGGAAGAUAAGCCAGAGAUGGAGUGGACAAUGGAGGAUUUCGAGUUGUUGAAGAAGUUGGUGGCAAGGAAUCCUGUUGGAGUGCCUGGCCGUUGGGAGCUUAUUGCAGAGCCUUUUAGAGGAAGGCAUCAUCUAGAAAAUGUGAUUGCAGCUGCAAAAUCACUUGCAAUGGUGAAGCCUGGUCCUGAUGGUGAUUCGUUUGCAGUGUUCCUGAGGCAGAGGAAGAAGGAGGAGGGUAAUAAGGUCGAGAAUAGCAACAUGAGCUGGAGCAAUGCUGAGGAUGUGGCAUUGCUGAAUGCACUCAAAGCAUUUCCAAAGGAUACUCCUAUGCGAUGGGAGAAAAUCGCUGAGUCAGUGCCUGGAAAGUCGAAGGCAAGCUGCAUGAAAAGAUUCAAUGAGUUGAAAAGGAAUUACCGCAGCUCAAAGGAGUCCUCUUGAAUAUGAUAUCUUUGGGCUAUUCUCGGUUCAUAUUUUCAAUAGAGGAGCAGCCUAACAAGUGACCUUUCUCUUCGUUUUCAUUGUUCCAGAAGUUGGGUAUAAUUCCUGGUGGUUAAGUCUCCUAUUUUUGCUUCUUAUGUGUUUUUUUCUUUUGGAUUGACCUUGACAUUAUAUUUGAUAGAGAUCCUGAUUGAAACACGAGGAAGACUAGGUUGGACUUGAUUUCUUAUAUUGAUACUGGAGAAUUGUAUCAUCAUUCAUCA